UGUUUAUGAAAAAUGUUAGGUAUAUUGUAAUAUAUCAGAAUAAAAAUAAGUAUUAACGUAAUCCAGAUAUUUGUUACUGUUAAAUAAAGUUAAACUCAACCUUAGCAAUGAGUAGGAAUAUUUAUUGUUUUUCUAAAUCUUUUCUAUCACAAAUACCAAAAAUAUCUGCUACUAGGUUAUAUGGAAGAUGGAUGCACAGGAGACCAGCCAAAGUUUUAUUACCAUUCGAACCUGAUUCCCAAGUCAGUUUAACUGAAGAGAAAGUUAUUGACAUCGGUACUGACGGUUUCAAGAAGAACAAAAAUGAAAAAAUCGAAACCAACGAAAGCAAGCCACUCGUGCCGGUAACAAGUCAAGAUCAUUUUAAGCAAUUAAAGGAAAAGAAGAAUAUUGCAUUGAAAAAAAAGAAGUUCUAUUUGAGCCAAAAAAAAGUAUUUGAUGAUAAAGGUGAAAUUAUUUAUGAAAAGUUGAAAGAAAAUGAUGGAAGAAUUAGCAAUCUCUUUGUGAAACUAAAGUCAAAAAAGGAAAGAUUAAAAGCUGGACAAAUGUUAGUUGAGGGCUGGAGAUUAAUUGUUGAUGGCUUAGAAGCAAAUUGUAUUCUGAAAUAUGUAAUAUUCAGCCGUAUUGAAGAUUUAAAUAGUUUGAGACCAUUCCUGCCCAAAACUGGAGUUCAGUUUUAUAAAAUUCCAUAUAAAGAAAUAGAAUUAUGGUCUGAUGUAGAAACAUCACCUGGAAUAUUUGGUGUAUUUGAUAUCCCUAACGCUGACAAUAUUAAGAGGUACUCUAAUCCAAUACCACUCCAGUUUAUUUGUGAUAAUAUACGCACACCAGGAAAUUUAGGUGCAAUUCUGAGAGCAGCUGUCGGAGUUGGAACAGAAAAGAUUUUCCUUACAAAAGGCUGUGUUGAUCUUUGGGAUCCAAAAGUUAUAAGAAGUGCAUCAGGGGCACAUUUCAGACAACCAAUCCAUACUUCAGUUGAUUGGGAGGAAUUACCUAAUUUAUUGGACCAAAAUACAUCAAUAUUUAUAGCUGACAAUAACACAAAUACAUCAGAAACAGCAGAAACAGAGAAUGUUAUUAGGAACAAUAUAUCGGUAUUGCCAUAUUAUGGAAUUGAUUAUGCCAAUUUGAAACAUGUAACACUUAUAAUAGGUGGAGAAACUGAAGGAAUAAGUGAAAAUAGUUACAGAUUAGCUGCAAACAGGAACGGACUGCGUUUAAAUAUACCACUACACAAAGGGGUUGACAGUUUAAACACUGGAAUGGCAGCAGCCGUUAUAGCUUUUGAAAUUAAGAAACAGUUCAUUCAAGCAUGGGCAAAACUAAGAUUAAAUAAGAAUACCGUAACCUAGAUGUAUUCAUAAAUUAUAAGUUAUAAUAGUUAGAUAUG